CGACGAAGAAUUCCACCACAGACUCCCGAUUUCCAGCAGAACCAGGAGAAAAGAACGCGAUUUCCUAAAGUUUUCUCUCUGAGUGUGAAUGAAGAGUGAUAAUGAAGAAGUGUUUUGUGAAAAUUUAUCUGUUUUCCAUGUGAGUCAAGUAUUUUAACAUUCAUUUGCUGAUCGCAGUGCUAGAAUUUAUUUAAAUCUCAACUGGCGUGUCAAUCGCGUGUCGGAUUUUGUUGACAAGUGAAAGUUUUUUUUUUUUCUUUUGGUGAAAGUUGUUUUCGUACAAGGAUUUUCCACUGAUUUUUCUAAAAACAAUGAAAAUAUGCAACAAAUAAAGCACAAAAUAUGUGUUCACGUCAUUCAGGCCAGCGGACUCCCCUUUAUUCCGGAAGGUUACUUGAUAAGAGCUACUGUUGGCGACACUCAACUGGAAACAGAUGCCUUCAGUGGAAAAGGGAAUUCUUGCCGGAUAGACACCAAACUCGUAUGGGAAGCUUCUAAACAAGACAUCUCAAGACUGAAAUCCAGAAAUGUUCCGAUCAAAAUGCAGUGCCUUGUGAAAUCCCGGAGAAAAGAUAGCCAGAAAUGCGUUGGAACUCUGUUAUUUUCCAUCAGAAACAUUCCUUUAGUAUCUCAGGAUAAAAUCUCAGACACUUCACCACAUUGGCACAAGAUGACCAAGACUUCUAGUGGCUUUACCAAGGGAAAUAUUGAGCUUCUUUUAGCGAUAGCAAUCACCAAAGAUGCAUGCGAAACUGCCAGAGAGGAGGACUUCUCUGAGGAAGAGAGCAGUGCAGCGCAAUAUCUGUCCGGAAGGGAAACCGGUGGCGAUUGGAAGGGAAAAAUCUACCAUGAAUUGGUAGAAUUGGAGCACUGGAAGAGGAAGCAGAAGAACGCCUUUCUCUACAACCUGAAGCAGAAAGAGGAUGUAAUUCUCACUCAUCUGUCUUCCCAAUGGAGUGCCAAAUGUAGUGAAGAUUCGGAUAAGUUGGCACAGAAUCUCCAAGAUUGUGUUGAUCUGAAGGAAUCCCUGGAAAGGGAACACAAAACACUCAGAGAACUCAUGACAAAGAGUGGCAAGUGCAAGUGUGGCACAGAAGCCAAGAAGGAAGACGUUUCGCGGCAAAUCUUGAUGGAAAAUGAACAAUUGCGGAAGGAAAACAGCGCUCUCAAGGAGAAAAUGAGCAAUGAAAUGACUCUGAAAGAGGAAAUUUCAUCUCUCACUAAGGAAUUGAGAAAUGUUGCUAAUGCUCUCAGGGAAUGCGACAAAUCAAAGAUGCUUUACAAGGAGGAAUUGGCGAAGAUUCACGAAAUUCUCCAAGAUGUGUGCGUCAAUAGGACAGAAUCUAAGAAGAGCACAUUUGACUUGCGGAAUCUUCUGCAGAGGGAAUAUCGCGAUAUGAUUGAGGAGAGGCGAGAAAUUGAAUCUGUGAAGCAGUCACUUUACUUUUAACUUACACUUCCUUUAAUACUGUGCAGUUUAUGAUAUACUAAUGGAUAUUUAUAAUGUUUUUAAUCUUAUAUUGUGCGGAAUUCUGACACCAAGAUAAAGACCAAGAUCAAGAUUUCGAGACGCACUGUCAACCGGAACAUUUUGAGGCCAUUCUUCGUUAUCCAUUACUGAUUAUUUCAAUUCCUUCGUGUGAAAAUCUGCAAGGGAACACAACGAAAUUAAGAACUAAUCAUGAAGCCACUAAAAACACACACUGAAAACACUC